GGCGGCCCCUUACUGGAUGCAGUUUAGGGCCACCGCAGCUCUCCGCACGAGGGGUCCAGACAGGAGACUGGCCAGUGAAACAGUAGCGUCCUGUCCUGUGUCAUGUCAGACUAUGUCGGCAGGACUGUCCUUUUCGAACGGCUUCACCUGCUCUUUUUUUCUAUCGCCAAUAUAAGCUCCAGGGUCAAACAUUGCUUUCAGCUCGAAGUACUGCUCGUCCAUUCUUUCUUUUCUCAUAUCCUUCAGAUCCGGUGCGCAGAGACCAGGCAGCGAUGCAGGUGCUGACGCGGCCGGUCUGGGUCGUUGCUUUAAGCAUCCUCUCACUUCCUCUGUCGCAAGUAACCCAGGCUGCAUCUAAUCCGCAGGCCCCGAAGGCUCCGGCGAAACCAUGCACUGUUCAGUCGACGACGACAGGCUCGUAUUUUGAUCUCAACCCCAUCGCCCUUGCGCCGCCGGAAUUGAAGGAUGGGAGGAAAGUACACAAGACCGAUCGAGACACAAGUUGGCAAGCACAAGGCCAUGAUUAUGGCACGAAUUUCACAGUCAAUAUAUGUGCGCCGGUGAUUGAAACCGUAAAAGACGUGGUUGGGGUCGACAAGAGCCGGUGGCAGAAUGUGAGCGCGUACUAUCAGCAAGACGGCAAGAUAUAUUCUAUCGGGGAACAGGCUUCAGAACCUAUCUUCCGUGGCCGGCGAUUGGUACUGAAUUAUACCAACGGCUCGCCUUGUCCCAGCUCGAAAGCAACAUUUUUCGAAUCACGUUCCAUUGAUGACGAUGAGUCGACAGCAUACGGACAUAAUUAUUAUAACAAAGGCAUCUCUUCAACAAAAGAUACAGAGUCAGUCCGGAAGAAGUCGACCAUCUUGUCUUUUCUCUGCGACCGCGAUGCACAUAAUGCGCAAGCGACUGUAUCAUUUGUCGGCACGAUGGAUUCUUGCACGUACUUUUUCGAGGUCAGAAGUUCUGCAGCCUGUGGAGGUGUUGCCGCCGCACCACAGGGUGGUCUAGGACCAGCUGGUGUCUUUGGGGUCAUUGCCCUCAUCGCUGUUAUUGUGUAUCUCGUCGGAGGCUGUGCAUAUCAACGCACAGUAAUGCAUCAACGUGGUUGGAGACAGUGUCCGAAUUUCAGCAUGUGGUCUGAUGUACUCGGAUUCAUAAGUGAUUUUUUCAUCAUUUUAUUCUCCUCAUUGACUCGUUGCUUCACCAAAAAGGACGGCUCGGCGAGUUAUUCACAUCUCAAUGGAUCUGGCGCACAGCGCCGCGGCCUAAUAGGGGCAAUUGGUGGCCGCGGGGGAAGUAAUCGAGCAAAUAGGGGGGAUGUGGAUGCUGAGAAUCGCUUGAUUGAUCAGUUAGACGAGGAAUGGAAUGAUUGAUCGUGUAUAUUUAUGUUCUUAGCUAACCAGUCAUCUUUAUGCCACAGUAUUUGUUAUGCAAUCAAUGUGAAAUUAAUGGACAAUGACACAAGACCUCACUAGCAACAGAACAAAGAGUAGAGACAGGCCAAAAAUUAUUAGGUGGCAUAAGAAUCAGGUGCAAAAAUUAAAGACUGCAU